AUGAGUUCAAUAUGUUCAUCAUGUAAACAAAUAAUAAUAAAUAAUUCUCUAAAAAAAUAUUGUGGUUCAUGUCAACAAUUAUAUUGUUCAAAUUGUGUAUAUCAACGUAUAGCUAUACCAAAAUUAAAUUAUCAAAUGCAUGAAGUUUGUAUAAAAUGUUUUCAUUCUAUAAGUACAGAACUAAUGUUACAAAAACCACCAAAAAAUUUUCUACAACGAUUAGAACAACAACCAUCAUUAUUAAAACAAAUGCAAAUGCCUAUAAAUCAACUUGAUCCAGAAACAAAAGCACUUGAAGAACGUCUUGAAAAAUUACGUAUGGAUUUUCCAGCAACAUCAAACAAUAUAAAAAAUAAAAUUUCAACUAAUCCAGAUGAUCUUAUACAACAAAUGCAUGAUGAAUUAUCUAUUCAACAACGAGAAGAUCAUUCUCUUGCUGAUCGUUUACGUAUUUUACAUGAAACAAUGCCAGCUGCAACACCCGAUACAGUUGUAUUACCAUCAAAAACUAAAUUUGAAGAAAAAUCUAAUGAUAAUGAUAAUGAUGAUGAUGAAUUUCCAUGGUGUACUGUAUGUAAUGAUAAUGCAACAAAACGUUGUCUUGAAUGUGAUGAAUUAUUUUGUGAAUCAUGUGUUAAAAAAAUUCAUCGUCAAUCAGGUUAUAAAAAACAUCAAUUAGAAUCUUAUAAACCAUCAGCAAAAGCAAAGAAAAAAUAUAACUAUUAG